AUGGACGACAGCACAUUCAACAAAAUAAACGAGGGACUUGACUCUUUUAUACCGCUAAUCCCAGAUGUAGUUUUGGACCACUGCUUCACCAAGGCAGGCCUGACUACAGAAGACCCAAAGAUAAAGAAGCUUGUCUCUCUUAUUGCACAGAAGCUCAUCACAGAUGUUGCAACAUGCGCGUACCAGUACCACAAAAUUGCAAAAAGAGCGUCUCUGAAGGAGAAAAAGACUCCUAAAGAGAAAAAGCUUACUCUUACUCUGUCUGAUGUAGAGAAUGCCCUAAAGGAGUGCGGGAUUAGCAUUUCCAGACCCUCAUACUUCUUUUAA